UCUUGGUCAAGGUUGCACUGGCAGUGAGAAUCGCAGUAGGACGCGACCGGAGCUCUGUUUACGCGCAAACAAGCAGACAGACUCAUCAGCCUGACACUCCGCUGUAACUUCUCCCGCCUGUGUUCGCACGCCGCCGAGGAAUCUCUCACCUCCCCGAGAGCAGCCAUGGAUGAGAUGGAGGAAGAGUUAAAAUGCCCCGUGUGCGGCUCUUUUUUCCGGGAGCCCAUCAUACUGCCGUGCACCCACAACAUUUGCCAGGCGUGUGCCCGGAAUAUUCUCGUGCAAACCCCCGACGCUGAGUCCCCGCAGAGCAGCCGAGCGUCCGGAUCCGGCGUCUCUGACUAUGAUUACUUGGAUUUAGAUAAAAUGAGUUUGUACAGCGAGGCGGACAGUGGAUACGGUUCCUAUGGGGGCUUCGUCAGCACUCCGACCACCCCUUGUCAAAAAUCACCGAACGGGGUGCGGGUUUUCCCCCCGUCCGUCCUGCAACCUCAACCGCAACAGCACCUGCUGCCGCAGCCCGGCUCUCUGCCCCCGAUCCCCCGCAACUCCUGCAUCACUUGCCCGCAGUGUCACCGCAGCCUCAUCCUGGACGAGCGGGGGCUCCGCGGAUUCCCCAAGAACCGGGUGCUGGAGGGGGUCGUGGACAGGUAUCAGCAGAGCAAAGCGGCCGCUCUCAAGUGCCAGCUCUGCGAGAAGAGUCCGAAGGAGGCCACCGUGAUGUGCGAGCAGUGCGACGUCUUCUACUGCGACCCGUGCCGCCUCCGGUGCCAUCCUCCCCGCGGUCCCCUCGCCAAGCAUCGCCUGGUGCCGCCAGCGCAGGGGCGGAUAAGUCGCCGCGCGAGUCCCCGCAAAACAUCCACUUGCACAGAGCACGAACUGGAGAAUCUAAGCAUGUACUGUGUGCAGUGUAAGAUGCCGGUGUGCUAUCAGUGUUUGGAGGAGGGCAAACACGGCACACAUGAAGUCAAAGCUCUGGGCGCGAUGUGGAAACUGCACAAGGGCCAGCUGUCUCAAGCUCUCACCGUGCUGUCGGACAGAGCCACUGAGGCCAAAGAGUUCCUGGUUCAGCUGAGAAACAUGGUGCAGCACAUCCAGGAGAACGGAGUGGAGUUUGAGGCCUGUUUGGUGGCGCAGUGCGACGCCCUCAUCGACGCCCUGAACCGACGCAAGGCCCAGCUGCUGUCUCGAGUAAAUAAAGAGCACGAACACAAACUGAAGGUGGUUCGGGAUCAGAUCUCCCACUGUACGGUGAAGCUGCGUCAGACCACGGGGCUGAUGGAGUACUGUCUGGAGGUCAUCAAGGAGAAUGACCCCAGUGGUUUCCUGCAGAUCUCCGAUGCUUUGAUCCGGAGGGUCCACGUGACAGAGGGCCAGUGGGGGAAGGGAACCCUCACCCCCAGGAUGAACAGCGACUUUGACCUCACUCUGGACAGCGGACCCCUCCUGCAGACGAUCCACCAGCUGGACUUUGUCCAGAUGAAAGUCCCAGCUGCUCCCAUGCUCCAGCUGGAGGAAUGCUGCACCCAGAACAACAGCGCCACGCUGUCAUGGAAACAGCCACCGCUCUCCACCAUCGUCGUGGACGGAUACAUCCUGGAGCUGGACGAUGGAAACAUGGGGCUUUUCAGGGAAGUGUACGUGGGGACGGAGACCAUCUGCACAGUGGACGGGCUCCACUUCAACAGCACAUACAAGUCCAGAGUGAAGGCCUUUAAUGCCAGUGGACUGGGCCAGUACAGCAAGACUCUGAUCAUGCAGACCUCUGAGACUGGACUCCCUCCAUGUGAUAUUCAGUCUAUAGGCACAGUCGCUUGGUUCACCUUUGACCCGGCCUCCGCUCACCAGGACAUCGUCCUAUCCAACGACAACCUGACGGUGUCCUGCAACAGCUACGACGACAGGGUGGUCAUGGGUAACUCUGCUUUCUCCCGCGGCGUUCAUUACUGGGAAAUGACCGUCGAUCGCUAUGAUAACCACCCGGACCCGGCCUUCGGGGUCGCUCGGGCCGACGUGCUGAAGGACGUGAUGCUGGGGAAGGACGACAAGGCCUGGGCCAUGUACGUGGACAACAACCGCUCCUGGUUCAUGCACAACAACUCACACACCAACAGGACGGACGGCGGGAUCGGUAAAGGAGCAACAAUAGGAAUUCUACUGGACUUCACACGCGGGAUCCUCAUCUUCCUCAUUAAUGAUGAGCAGCAGGGUCCAGUGGCUUUUGAAGCCUUGGAGGGCGUCUAUUACCCCGCUAUCAGCCUCAACCGAAAUGUCCAGAUCACACUGCACACUGGUCUACCCAUCCCUGAUUUCUACACCACCGGGGAGGCAGAUCCCACUGGCUCUGUGUGCUAAAGACUCACACCGGCUGGGGGAAACCUCUCCAGCAUUUGCCAGGGUUCAUCAUGCCAGUCAAUAACUAU